CUGGAACCCGGAAGCGGCAGGGCGGCGCGACCCGGCGGGCGGGCUCUGGGCGCGGGAAUCUCAGCGGAUCGCGGACAGGCGGAUGACCCCCAGCCCUACCCUUGGUGCCGCCUCCUCCUCUCUCCUUUCUCCUCCUGCAGGCAGCGCGCCUGUGUCCUCUCUAGGAAGGGGUGGGGAGGGGCGUCUGGAGAGGACCCCCGCGAAUGCCCACGUGACGGGCAGUCCCCCUGGGGCUGUUCCGGCCUGCGGGGAACAUGGGCGUGCUCAGGGUCGGACUGUGCCCUGGCCUUACCCAGGAGAUGAUCCAGCUUCUCAGGAGCCGCAGGAUCAAGACAGUGGUGGACCUGGUUUCUGCAGACCUGGAGGAGGUAGCUCAGAAAUGCGGCUUGUCUUACAAGGCCCUGGUUGCCCUGAGGCGGGUGCUGCUGGCUCAGUUCUCAGCUUUCCCCGUGAAUGGUGCUGAUCUCUACGAGGAACUGAAGACCUCCACUGCCAUCCUGUCCACCGGCAUUGGCAGCCUUGAUAAACUGCUUGAUGCUGGUCUCUAUACUGGAGAAGUGACUGAAAUUGUAGGAGGCCCAGGUAGCGGCAAAACUCAGGUAUGUCUUUGUGUGGCAGCAAAUGUGGCCCAUGGCCUGCAGCAAAACGUCCUAUAUGUAGAUUCCAAUGGAGGGCUGACAGCUUCCCGCCUCCUCCAGCUGCUUCAGGCUAAAACGCAGGAUGAGGAGAAACAGGCAGAAGCUCUCCAGAGGAUCCAGGUGGUGCAUGCGUUUGACAUCUUCCAGAUGCUGGAUGUGCUGCAGGAGCUCCGAGCCACUGUGGCCCAGCAGGUGACUAGUUCUUCAGGAACUGUGAAGGUGGUGGUUGUGGACUCGGUCACUGCGGUGGUCUCCCCACUUCUGGGAGGUCAGCAGAGGGAAGGCUUGGCCUUGAUGAUGCAGCUGGCCCAAGAGCUGAAGACCCUGGCCCUGGACCUUGGCAUGGCAGUGGUGGUGACCAACCACAUAACUCGAGACAGGGACAGUGGGAGGCUCAAACCUGCCCUUGGACGCUCCUGGAGCUUUGUGCCCAGGACUCGGAUUCUCCUGGACACCAUCGAGGGAGCAGGAGCAUCAGGCGGCCGGCGCAUGGCAUGUCUGACCAAAUCUUCCCGACAGCCAACAGGUUUCCAGGAGAUGGUAGACAUUGGGACCUGGGGGACCUCAGAGCAGAGCGCCACGUUACAGGGUGAUCAGACAUGACCUGUGCUGUUGUUUGGGAAACAGGGAAGCAAUGGGGACCCCUCCCAACUUUUCUUCCCAGUAAUGCCUGCUGUUUACCGCCACCUGGCACUGGUGACUACAGACGUUCUCAGGCUGGCCAGAAGAGACAUCUUGGGUUCCUUGGCCUCACUCUCUGUAAGCAUAUAAACCACAGGCGAAAGAGGAUGCUGCAUUGCGAGGACCCAGAAAUUCAUACUGGUGCCAUGUUUCCUUCCCUUAUUUCUAACAUGUAUGUUUCCGGUGGAAACCAAGUUCACCCUGGCUGGGAGCAUCUCUGAAGAGGCAUGCUGGCGACUGGAUGGAUAGCCCUGUGCAUCACCGUUGUGUCCUGUGCUCCCUCCUAGCACAGUGGCCAAGCCGGGAAAGCCUCUAACUUGCCUUUGCUGCUGCUGCUGCUGCUUUUUUUUUUUUUUGUCUCUGCCUUUCCAUUUGUUAGAUGGGGGCCCACUCUUCCUUAGCUCUGUCUCUGAGUUACUGGGUGGAAAUAAGCUUAUAAAUGAAAUACUCUUCUUCAUCUUUGUUUUGCUCUUAAAAAUAUAAAAAGGCAAUUCCCCCAGCCCUAGAGCCACCUGAUUCCCCCUUAGAAGGCUGUUUUUCAGUUUCCCCCAGUGAGGCCCAAAGAACAGUUUAUUCCUGCUUUCCUCUUGCUGAUUUGGUUUCAGACCUGCCUGCAUCACCAUGACUAGGUGAGAACGUGUGGGCUCACUGCAGUCCCAGGGAUAUAAUUUAACAGAAAGGGAGGAUAUGACCUGUUCCUGGUGAAUCCAGCCACUCGUUUAAUAUGCAUGGUGCCCUGUGGGGCCCCUCCACAGUACAGCGUAACCAGAGGUGCUGAACCAUGGCCUUGCCCAUAAACAGACAGAGGAGAAUUUGCACAGUAAAUAGAGCCAGCUGGGAAAAUUGAUGCUGACGUAAAUAAUACAUGGCAAAUCUAGUCCUUUAUGCAGAAAUUCAUUGCUAGUGGCUCCAAGAUGCAAUAUAAUUACACCUCUCUUCCUGCCAGCUGUACCACAGCUAGUUCCCUAGUGUAUGAAAUAAUCCCCCUGUCUUUCACCAGCACUGUGGCCAUCGGUCUGAGAGCCAUGACCCUGGCUGGGAGGGGAGGAAGACACCAGGGAAUGGAAAAUAAAAGAAAAGUAGAGAAA